AUGGUGCUCGACUACAGCAAAUGGGACGCCUUGGAGCUCUCCGAUGACUCUGAUGUUGAGGUUCACCCCAAUGUUGACAAGCGUUCCUUCAUCCGCGCCAAGCAGGCUCAGAUUCACCAGCAACGAGAGCAGCGCCGUCAUGAGAUCAAGACCUUGAAGUAUGAGCGCAUCAUUAAUGAUGGCCUAUUGUCGCGCAUCGACACGCUCAUUGCUUCCUUGAAGAAGCAUGAAGACUCGUCAGCCUCCCCCGAUGAGUUCAUUUUCUCUACCAUCAUGGAGUUCGCCAGCAACCCCGCCGAAGACCAGGCUCCCACCCCGCCAGAGGGAGUAUACACACAUGAGCCCGAGCAGCCCAAAUUCUCCCAAAUGAUGAGCUCCCUGGUGGAUCAGGUCAAGAAGGAGAUCGGAGAUUCCAAGCCCGACAACCUGUUCAAGGCAUACAUCAAGGGUGUCAAUGGACACUUGGAGAAGAUCCAAGGACUUCAAAAGGAAUUGCACACCAAGCUUGCGCAACUUGAAAAGGAAGAGGGCUCUAAGAUCACCAGUGAUCAGCUGCACGAAGGAUUCAACCAAUCACAUGUCGCUAAGAUGGCCGAGAAAGAGAAGGCUGAGGCUGCUGCCAAGAAGAAGGAGAGCUCUGUUGAGCUUUUGAACCCCGGCGCAGGAAGCGCCUCCAAAGCUGAAGAUGAAGGCAAUGACGAAGACCCCGCUGAUGUCGAGAUCAGCCCCCUGGCAAAGAAGUUUGCCAGCUUGAAGACAGGCGACUACAAGGCCUACUUGCAGUUUAUCUCAGCGAAUCCCGACAUUGUUGCCGAGAAGGAAACUGACGGUCUGCUCGUUGAGGCGUUCAACAGCCAGCUCAAGGGCGAUGAGGACUAUGCCCGGCAAUGCGUCCACCAGGGUCUGCUUUUACAGUACUGCCGCUCGCUCGGUCGUGAUGGUAUCCAGCUCUUCUUCACUCGCAUUACCACCAAGGACCACCGUGCCUCCACUCUCUUCCACAACGACGUCAACGAGACCUAUGGCCGUAUCAAGUCCCGCACUGCUGAGCUCAGCAAGGAAGGAUCGGGUAACGAUCCUGCUGGCGUAGAGCAAAUCCAGCUGCAUGCCGUUGACCCCAACACCAAAAUUACCAUCAACCUCCCUGCGGCCAACAGUGAAGACCCGACCGAAAUCGAAGUCCGCAAGAUCUUCGAGGCGUUCCCCCAGGACCUGCAAAAGGCCCUCGAGACUGAGUCCUUGGACGAGGUCAACAAGGUUUUGGGCAAGAUGUCUGUUGAGGAAGCGGAGGUUGUCGUCGAAGCAUUGGGCAACGGGGGCAUGCUCAGUUUGGAGGAAGGCAUCGUUGAUGCCACAACAGCCGAGGGCCAGAAGAAGCUCAAGGAGCUGGAAGAGGAGGGCAAGGAUGUUGGUGAACCUGGAGGCGAUGUUACCGAGCUUGAUUAA